AUGAGCAGGACAAGUAGUGGUAAAAAAAAAUAUGAAGGUAGAAUGAGAAAAUUAGCAAAAAUAGAAGAAAAAAAACAAGAGGAACAAAGAAGAUUGGAUGCAAUUGAAGAUGAAAAAUGGAAAAUUGGGGCAAAAGAUACUACCAAAGAAACACUGGAAGCAUUAAAGGCAGAAGAAAAAAAUAGAUUAAAAAAAGAGCGGCAAUUGGCUUAUGAAGCGGAAUUUAACAAAAAGCAGUAA